GACGGCGCCGUGUUGUCAGCAGUAGCAGAGGUCUGUGGUGAAGACAGGAUGAAAACUAACGUGAUUAACGUGUUCAUUUAACGGAGCAGCUGCUGACAGGUCGCACUCGACUGUCAGGAUGCAGCUGUCGUAGCUCCACACAGAAUGAGUCGUGAUGAAGAGACCAAAGCUUGCCGGAGUCUUCCUCUUGGCGGGCUGCCUGCUCGCCUACCUGAUGUUUGUGAAGCGUCACUACUCUGCCGCAAAGCCCGAAGCCUACAGACUACCUCCCCACCUCCGGCCCGCCACGCACCAGCCUGCAGACGUUAGGCCCAUCCCUGCUGCCGCUGCUGGACAGAACUUCCAGUAUGGCAUCAUGUUUGAUGCUGGGAGCACUGGGACCAGAGUCCAUGUCUUCAAGUUCCAGAUGGAGAAUAAUGAAGCUCCCAAACUGGCCCACGAGACGUUCAGGGCCAUCAAACCUGGACUGUCUGCGUACGCUGAUGAUCCAGAGAAGUGUACAGCAGGAAUGCUGGAGCUGCUGCUGGUGGCCAAGUCCAGCGUCCCCCCCUCCGUCUGGGACAUCACCCCUGUGGUCCUGAAGGCCACAGCUGGCCUCCGACUGCUGCCUGGAGAGAAGGCCAAACACCUGCUGGACAAGGUGAGGGCGUUGUUUGAGGACUCUCCCUUUCUGUCCAGAGACGACAGCGUGUCCAUCAUGGAAGGCACUGAUGAAGGGAUCUCUGCCUGGAUCACUGUCAACUUCCUCACUGGUGACCUCCACAGUGUGGACUCUCCCACAGUGGGGAUGUUGGACCUGGGUGGGGGGUCGACUCAGAUCACCUUCAGUCCUCAGGACGAGAAAACCAUCCAGACCUCACCCAUCGACUACAUCAGGUCCUUCCAGAUGUUCAACAACACACACACUGUCUACACUCACAGUUAUCUGGGUCUCGGCCUGAUGUCGGCUCGUCUCACAGUGUUAGGAGGCGUGGACGCUUCUCCUCUAGGCGGCAGCACCGAGCUGGUCAGUCCCUGCCUUCCUCCGGAGUCGUCGGUCAGGUGGGAGCACGCCGAUGUCAUCUACACUGUGAAGGGACAGAAGGCAGGGGAGCCAGUGUACGAGGCGUGUCUGACCAAGGUGGAGAAGGUUCUGUACAGGAAGGUGAUGAAGGCGUCCGAGGCUGAAGACGUGGAGUUCUAUGCCUUCUCCUACUACUACGACCGAGCCGUCGACCUCGGGGUCAUCGAGGAGAAGACGGGUGGGACCAUCCGAGUGGCUGAUUACAUCACUGGAGCUAAAAGAGUGUGCAGCGGUCCGUCCGUCAGUCCUCUGCAGAGCCCCUUCCUCUGUCUGGACCUGGUCUACAUCUCAGUCCUGCUGCAGGAGCUCGGCUUCCCCCCACACAAACAGUUCAAGUUGGCGAGGACGAUUGGCGGCGUGGAGACCAGCUGGGCUCUCGGAGCGACGUUUCAUUACAUCGAGUCUCUGAAGAGACACUGAAGCUUUUAUUGUGAAAAGACUCACACACUUCCUGAAUGUUUGGAGGAGACCCUGGACUUCCUCCCAAAGACUCACCAUGACCUCAUACAGCACCAAGCCCCCCCCCAAAAACCCUCUGUGGAGCCUGACACCUGCUGGUGAAGAGCAGCUCUGCUAUUGGCUGGUUCCAGGUGAUGUCACGCUGAAAGUUAACUGGACCCAAAAAAUAAAACCUAAUUUAUGAAUUAAAUUCAAAUAAAUGGGAAAAUUAAAAAUAAUAAAGAUAAUAAUAACAAUAAGAAAGGGUCCCACAGGAAGUGAAGACAAUUAUAGACUGGACUUUGUCCUGCAGACGUUUAGCAGACGGACUCAUCACUUCCUGCUCUUCACCUGCAGCCGUCAGGCUCCACACCCCUCUGACAUCACAUCUGACCGUCCAAUCAGAUGCUGCUCUGCUCCUCAGACUCCGUCCAGGUGGACGCGGCUGCACUUUGCUUCAUGUCUCAGCUCUGACAGACAACUCGUCUCGUUCCUGAACAAAGUGACCUCAUGGAAACACUCACAAACACUCGACCUCUCAGGCGGCGGUGAAACAUUACUGCGUAUAUCUACUCGAGUACUGUACUCGAGUAUUUUCUGCUACUUAAUAAACUUGUGCUGCACUACGUUCAUCUGAAGGAUCAUUUUCAGAUCGAGAUUUAACGUCUGAUCAGUUUAACAGACGUGACGCGCUCUGAUAAAUCCAGCGACUCAGUUUACUGAGAAGUUCCGAUGAGUUAAUACUCUAAUAGUAAUUGAGUACUUUGACUUUUACAUGUGAUACCUGCAGUACUUUUUGAUGCUUGUACUUGUACUCGAGUAAAAGAUGAGUGUUCCACCGCUGCUCAAAGAUCACUGACAGUUUUUACCUCCGGCUCGUUCAGCAGAGACUCAAAAGUUCAUGAGCUGCGACGUUUCAGAUGUUAAAGAAUAUUUCAUGUCUUUGUAAUCAGGUUUAUGAAGGUGGAUCAGACCUGCACAUCAUAUUUCUACUGACACUCAAUGUUUGUGCCAAAAAUAUUUUAUCAACUUUUUUUUUCCAGACAUUUUAAAUUUUUUGGCUAUUUUAUCAUUUUUUUCUGACAUUUUUUGGACAUUAUUUUCAAGUUUUUUUCCAAAAUUUUUCCAGCAUAUUUUUGUUUUUCAUAGAUGUUAGGGUUAUAUGUGUCUCAGGCCUUUUCAAAGAGAAACAGACAUUUUUAACAGAUAUAUUUCAGUUUGAAUCUUUGAGUAUUAACUUUAAAAAUUUACAUCACAUAUGAAACUUUUUGGAAACACAGUGAUAAGUUUGAGACGUUUACUGAAGCGCUAAAACUUUACAGAGUGAAUCUGAAGCGAGGACACACCGUCUGCUCCUUGGUCUCAGUUUCACCAGUAAACAGUCACUGGGUUCCCGUCUCUGACCUCAUCAUCAUCUCUUCUGUUUGUGUCGACGGCUGAUUGUUUUCUACUCUGAAGGACUUCCUGUUUUUACAUGUUUGUGUGUUCGGUACAAAAUCUGCAAUAAACACGUGAAUGUUUCUGAA